AUGCCGAGCCCCACGGCCCGACUGCUCCGUGCCCACCAGGUGCCCGAGAGUUACCGGGAGCCGGGAAUCCUCUCCGGGUACCGCCCUCCCCAGAGCUCGGCCUGCGAGUGCCUGCUCAGCCUCUUCGGGAUGAACAACGAGACCCUCAACAUCUGGACACACCUGGUGCCCGUAUUUCCUGUGGCUGCUGCGUGCGGCGGGGCCGACGGGGGGGCCGUUCCUGGCCUACCUGGGCACGUGCGUCUCUACCGCUCUGCCUCGCCUCGCAACGCUGGGGCGCGCGGGCGGCACCGCGCGUACUGCUGCGACUACGCCGCGCUCAGCAUCUACGGGCUGGGCUCGGCGUUGGCCUAUUCCGCCUACGUCUUCCCUCUGGAAUGGGUCGGGAGCACAUUCCAUGAUUUCUACGUUCCCGUGGCCGUGCUCAACUCCGUGCUCAGCACUGGCCUGUCCUGCUAUUCCAGGUUUCUGGAGGCAGAGCGGCCCCGCCUGAGCAAAGCUUUCCGAACUUUGGCCUUCGUGUAUCCCUACAUUUUCGACAGCAUCCCAGUUUUCUACAGGCUGUCCCGGAGCACGGCCGGGAGCUGCUCCGAGGCCUCGCUCCCGCUGCAUUCCCGGCACAGCCUCUGCGCCCUCCUCACCCUCCUGAGCUUCACCUCCCGCCUGCCCGAGAGCCUGGCGCCGGGGAGCUUCGACUUCAUCGGGCACAGCCACCAGGUUUUCCACAUCUGCGGGAUCCUGGGAACGCUCUUCCAGCUGGAAGCCGUCUCCAUGGACAUGGCGGAGCGGCGGGGCCGCCUCCCGCUGCCCUCUUCCCUGCAAACCUUCGGAUCCCUGGGAAUGGGAGCGGCUGCCAGCCUGGCCAUCCUCGGGGUCUGCUUCCGCAGCCUCCGCCCCGAGCCUCCUUCCCGGGAAAAAUCCCACUAA